CUUACAGUAAAAGUUCAUCAUUCGUACUUGCGACGAACACCCAACAACAGUCUUAACAUGAGUGGAAGAGGCAAAACCGGAGGAAAGGCCAGAGCAAAGGCAAAGACACGCUCAUCCAGGGCUGGACUCCAGUUCCCCGUGGGUCGAGUUCACAGGCUGCUCCGCAAGGGCAACUAUGCCCAUCGUGUUGGAGCUGGAGCUCCGGUCUAUAUGGCUGCCGUGCUCGAGUAUCUGACCGCUGAGAUCCUGGAGUUGGCCGGCAACGCUGCCCGUGACAACAAGAAGAGUCGUAUCAUUCCCCGCCAUCUGCAGCUGGCUGUGCGUAACGACGAGGAGUUGAACAAACUGCUCGGCGGAGUGACCAUCGCCCAAGGUGGUGUGCUGCCUAACAUCCAGGCUGUGCUUCUGCCCAAGAAGACUGAGAAGUCCAAGUAAACUAUUGAGUGUACAUUCAAACAACGGCUCUUUUAAGAGCCACCCAAUUG